GGUACAUAUGCAAAUCGGCCGUCGGGGCAGGAGCGGCAGAAGCUGAUGAGAGUGUCGGUGAGGGAGCAGAUGUCGGAGGCGCAGCGGCUGCGGGAGCAGCGGAAGGUGGAGGAGCUGCUGAGCCUGCGGGAGGUGCUCCGCAGCACGAGGCAGUGCCCGUCCUGCCGGAUGGCCAUCGCCAAGACGGAGGGCUGCAACAAGAUGGUCCGCGACAACUGCGGCCAGUUCUGCUGCUACCGCUGCAGCCGCGCCAUCAGCGGCUACAAGCACUUCGUCAACGGGGAGUGCGGGCUGUUCGAGCGCGUCGGCAGGGGGAGGCUCCCGGGGCAGCAGGCGCCCGACCUGGACGAGGACGUCGAGAUCAAGGAGCCCGGGUGGAUGCGGGCGCUCAGGUACAAGUGCCCCGCCUGCGGCGCCAAGCGCACCAAGCGGGCGCCAACAACCUUCUGGUGUGCCGGUCGUGCCAGACACGGUACUGCGCGCUGUGCUGAAGAGGGUCUGGGAGGUCUCCCAGCACUACGGGCCAUGGGGUGAUUGCCAGCAG